UGCAGGCCCCGCCCCCUCCCGGCUUCCCUGCACCAGGGCCCGCAUGGCGGCCGGCAGGCUCCCGGCGGCCGGACCUCGGUCCCGCACUGCCAUGGCCCAGUGGAGGAAAAAGAAGGGGCUGCGGAAGCGCCGAGGCGCGGCCUCCCAAGUCCGCAGCAGCGAUUCGGAGGACGGCGAGUUUGAGAUCCAGGCGGAAGAUGAUGCCCGGACCCAGAAGCUGGCACCUGGCAGACCCCUGCCCACCUUCCCCACCUCGGAAUGUGCCUCAGACGUGGAGCCAGACACUCGGGAGAUGGUACGCGCCCAGAACAAGAAGAAGAAGAAGUCCGGAGGCUUCCAGUCCAUGGGCUUGAGCUACCCAGUGUUCAAGGGCAUCAUGAAGAAGGGCUACAAAGUGCCAACACCCAUCCAGAGGAAGACCAUCCCCGUGAUCCUGGACGGCAAGGACGUGGUCGCCAUGGCCCGGACUGGCAGUGGCAAGACAGCCUGCUUCCUCAUCCCCAUGUUCGAGCGGCUCAAGACCCGCAGCGCCCAGACGGGGGCCCGUGCCCUUGUCCUCUCGCCCACCCGCGAGCUGGCCCUGCAGACCAUGAAGUUCACCAAAGAGCUCGGCAAGUUCACAGGCCUCAGGACCGCCCUGAUCCUGGGCGGGGACAAGAUGGAAGACCAGUUUGCUGCCCUGCACGAAAAUCCCGACAUAAUCAUUGCUACCCCAGGGCGCUUGGUACACGUGGCUGUGGAGAUGAACUUGAAGCUGCAGAGCAUAGAGUACGUGGUGUUCGAUGAGGCAGACAGGCUUUUUGAGAUGGGCUUUGCCGAGCAGCUGCAGGAAAUCAUCGGCCGCCUCCCCGGGGGCCACCAGACUGUUCUGUUCUCUGCCACGCUGCCCAAACUGCUGGUGGAGUUCGCCCGGGCGGGCCUCACGGAGCCUGUGCUCAUCCGGCUCGAUGUGGACACCAAACUCAACGAGCAGCUUAAGACCUCCUUCUUCCUUGUGCGCGAGGACACCAAGGCUGCUGUGCUGCUCCACCUGCUGCGCACCGUGGUGCGGCCCCAGGACCAGACGGUGGUGUUUGUGGCCACGAAGCACCACGCGGAGUACCUCAGUGAGCUGCUGACAACACAGGGGGUGAGCUGUGCCCACAUCUAUAGCGCCCUGGACCCGACGGCCCGCAAGAUCAACCUGGCCAAGUUCACCCAUGGCAAGUGCUCCACCCUCAUCGUGACGGACCUGGCGGCCCGCGGCCUGGACAUCCCGCUGCUGGACAACGUCAUCAACUACAGCUUCCCUGCCAAGGGCAAGCUCUUCCUGCACCGCGUGGGCCGCGUGGCCCGGGCUGGCCGAAGCGGCACGGCCUACUCCUUGGUGGCCCCAGACGAGGUCCCCUAUCUGCUGGACCUGCACCUGUUCCUCGGCCGCGCCCUUACCCCUGCCUGCCCCCAUGAGGGGUCCUCAGGCGCGGGCAGCGUGGACGGCGUGCUGGGCCGGGUGCCGCAGAGCGUGGUAGACGACGAGGAGAGCAGCCUGCGGGGCACCCUGGCGGCGUCGCUGGAGCUGCGGGGCCUGGGCCGGGUGGCCGACAACGCCCAGCAGCAGUACGUGCGCUCCCGGCCCGCGGCCUCGCCCGAGUCCAUCAAGAGGGCGAAGGAGCUGGACCUCGCGGGGCUGGGCCUGCACCCCCUCUUCAGCUCGCGCUUCGAGGAGAGGGAGCUGCAGCGGCUGAAGCUGGUGGACAGCAUCAAGAACUACCGCUCACGGGCGACCAUCUUUGAGAUCAACGCCUCCAGCCGGGACCCGAGCAGCCAGGUGAUGCGUGCCAAGCGGCAAAAGGACCGCAAGGCCAUCGCCAGCUUCCAGCAGGGGCGGCAGGGGCGGCAGGAGGACACAGCUGGCCCAGCCCCCAGCUGCCCGGCAUCCCAGGAAGAGAAGCCCGAGGAGGAGGUGGAGGAGGAGGAGGAAGAGGCAGCAGGAGAGAGUGUGGAGGAUGUCUUCACGGAGGUCAUGGGCCGGAAGCGGCCACAGCCGGGACCUGACCGGGGAGCCAAGAGGCGGAGGGAGGAGGCCCGGCAUCGGGACCAGGAGUUCUACAUCCCCUACCGGCCCAAGGACUUCGAUAGUGAGCGGGGCCUGAGCAUUGGUGGGGACGGGGGCGCAUUCGAACAGCAGGUGGCUGGUGCUGUCCUGGACCUGAUGGGGGACGAAGCCCAGAACCUGACCAGAGGCCGGCAGCAGCUGAAGUGGGACCGGAAGAAGAAGCGCUUUGUGGGACAGUCAGGACAGGAGGACAAGAAAAAGAUCAAGACAGAGAGCGGCCGCUACAUCAGCAGCUCCUAUAAACGGGACCUCUACCAGAAGUGGAAACAGAAACAGAAAAUCGAUGAUCGGGACUCAGAAGACGAAGGAACGUCCCAGCAGCGAGGCCCAGAGCGAAGAGGUGGGAAGCGCGGAAGAGGCCAAGAAGGUGCAUCCCAGCCCUGCAGCCCGGGCGCUCCCGCAGGCCGCGUGCGCUCAGAGCUCAAGACCAAGCAGCAGAUCCUGAAGCAGAGGCGCCGGGCGGAGAAGUUGCGCUUCCUGCAGCGAGGGGGCCUGAAGCAGCUGUCCGCCCGCAACCGGCGCCGAGCCCAGGAGCUGCAGAGGGGCGCCUUUGGCCGGGGUACCCACACCAAGAAGGGCAAGAUGAGGAAGAGGAUGUAAGGCAGUUGACCCUGCCCCAUGGCUCCUCGCGUGCUGCAGGGGUGCACGUCAGUAGAUGUUCCCGAGUGCCACCGUGUGCCUGGCCCUGGGCCAGCCGCUGGCGGAGCUCCCUGCAGGAGAGGGGUGCUGUCAGGCCACCCGGGGCCGCGGCCGCCUCUGCCCAAGGUGGAGCCAUUCACACUCGGUCUUCAAGGAUGCACGGGGGGUUGCCAGCCGUGUCGGGGUGGCCAAAACCCAAGUUGACCACUCAGCUGCUGCUGCUUCCAUGUGUUCUGGGUGGUUCACGAGUUCAGAGGUGGUGGCCACAUGGGGCGAAGCCCUGAGUGCCUAAGGCCUGGUGAUGUAUUUUUAAUGUAAUAAACCUUUAUUAAGCAUCUCGA